GCUCCCCCCGGCUGCAAGUGGUGCACCAACUGUCCGGAGGGCGCGUGCAUCGGCGCGGGCGGCAGCUGCCGCCGGGAGAACGAUUGUCGCAUCAACCAACGGGAAAUCUUCGCUCCCCAAAACUGCUCCGAGGCCGCCUGCGGAGCGCCCGACUGCCCGCGCUGCGCCGCCGCAGGACGCUGCAUGUGGACACGGCAGUUCAAGAGGACAGGUGAGACCCGUCGCAUCCUGAGCGUGCAGCCCAGCUACGACUGGACGUGUUUCAGCCACUCCCUUCUUUUUUGGGGAUUUUUGGGGGGAUUUUCCGGGGAUUUGGGAGCGCCCGACUGCCCGCGCUGCGCCGCCGCAGGACGCUGCAUGUGGACACGGCAGUUCAAGAGGACAGGUGAGACCCGUCGCAUCCUGAGCGUGCAGCCCAGCUACGACUGGACGUGUUUCAGCCACUCCCUGCUCAACGUGUCCCCGAUGCCGGUGGAGUCGGCGCCACCCCUGCCCUGUCCCCGGCCCUGUCACCUGCAGCUCACCUGUCACACCUGCCUGAGCUCGGCCGGCGCCGACGGCGGCUGGCAGCACUGCCUGUGGAGCGUGGGGCUCAAACAGUGCCUCAGCCCCAGCUUCGCCCCCCUCCUCUGCCUCACGGGGGGCUGCGGCCUCCUCCUCCGCGGUGGGGGAGGGGCGGCAUCGGGGCUCCCCG